UCUGCAAAAAAAAUUUCCUUCAAGAAAUAAAAAAUUUAGGCAUCUUCCUCUUCCAUCUCUAGAUUUUUGAUAGCGACCCUCCUCCCUGCACAUAUUUUCCCUGCAAAAUCUCUCAAAAAAAUGAGAAAAAAAUAAAAAAAAUUGUUUCUUUUGGACAUAUCAGCUGCAGAAAUACAGAGAUUAGCAAGAAAGUGCUGUUUUUGUUCAUGUUUCCAUCACUUUCUUGCUGGGUCGGUUCGUUUUUUUGAGGUAAUUUUCAGUUUGAUGUUGUUGGUUACUGAAAACUCAUGUUUCUUGAGAAACCCUUUUGAUUUGCUUGUAUUUGGGUGAACCCCAUUAGGGUUUUAUUGGAGUUUCGUAGUAUUGGGUUUUCUUGGUUUUCGUAGUAGCUGAAAUGUAGAGAAGGGUAAAACCUAAAAAACAAAAAUAGAAAUUUUAGGUUUAGAAAAAAAAUCCAAUUUUGAUUUGUACAGAUUAUGGCUUUUGAUCAAAAUUCAAUACCCAAAGAUUUGAGGCCGUUGAACAUUGUUAGGACAGUGCCCGAAGAAUCGGGUAUUGCUCCUGUGACUGCAUCUGGUAGAACAGUUGAGGGGUUUUAUGGUAACCUGACCCGGGAUGUUGGAGGUAGUCCUGGAACUAUACAGGGGGUUUAUUACCCUACUACUGUAACGGAUGCCGGGUUUGUAGGUUUAGGUUAUACCAAUGCCGGUCCAGGGGCGGCUGGGUGGGUCCCACAGGUUGUGGCUUCGCAGCCACCGGGUGUUGUGAGUGUUGGUGUUAUGAAUUCAGGUGCUGGGUUGUCACAGAAUUUGCAUUCUGGGGCACGGGUUGGUAGUAAUGCGUCUGAGCGUGCUAGUGAUGAUGGUGGUGAUGGUUCGGUGUCAGGGAGGAAAGUUAAGUUUUUGUGCAGUUUUGGGGGGAGGAUAAUCCCGAGGCCGAGUGAUGGGGCAUUAAGAUAUGUGGGUGGACAGACUAGGAUUAUUAGUGUUAGGAGGGAUGUGAGUUUUGCUGAACUGGUACGCAAAAUGGUAGAUACUUGUGGGCAGGAUGUGACGAUUAAGUACCAGUUGCCUGAUGAGGAUCUUGAUGCACUUGUGUCUGUUUCUUGUCCAGAAGAUCUUGAAAAUAUGAUGGAUGAGUAUGAAAAGUUGGUUGAAAGAGCGUCAGAUGGGUCAGCUAAAUUGAGGGUGUUUCUGUUUUCGGCUUCUGAGGUGGAAUCAUCCGGUUUGGUGCAAUUCGGAGAUCUGCAAGAUAGUGGACAGAGGUAUGUCGAGGCAGUGAAUGGGAUUAGUAAUGGAGUUAGUGGUAUUGGCCUUACUAGGAAAGGGAGUAACGCUAGUGCUGGUUCCACCCAGAAUUCGGAGUUUAGUGUCUCUGAAGCUGUGGAUGUCUUAGGUCAUGGUCAGGGGGAGCUUAGAGCUGUACCUUCCCUUGACACACUAUCACCUAGUGGGACAUCUGCUACCUCUCAAGAACCUGCUUACAGAUUGGUGUCUACAGAUGCAAAUCCUGCAACUCAUGCUGAUGCUUCUGUCUCUCCAAUGACCAUUCCAUUAGUCGUUCCUGGGUCUGUGCCAACCUUAUCUGCUCAGCUGGAGCAUGGGUUAGAGAAAACUGUGCCUGUCACUGCACAGCAGCAACAAAUGGGUUAUGAUAUGCAGCAAACAGGAGUGACUUAUCAAGGGACUACACCAUAUUUCCCAGCUUAUGUGGAUCCUCAGAGGGAGACACUAAACCGUACAGAGUAUGUUCAGAUCCCUUCUCAAAUGGGAUUCCCAAGACAGCUUUUGGGAACUGUUGGGCCAAUAAUGAAUCAGCAACAUAUGAUUGCUGGUGGUCCAACUCAGCAGUUUGUCCCUGCUCUUCACAUGACAAUGGCUCCUUCUGGUCAUGUCAGUAUGAAUCCUAAUCUGGUUGCCUCACAGAUUCAGCCCCAACAUUUUAGGUUAGAUCAUUAUCCUGCAGAAGGCACAUUGGGGCAGAGAGUUGUACAGAUUCCUGUUGACCAAGGGUACAGUGCUUAUCAGCAUCACACCCCUCCUGCAGGUCUUGGAGGAGCUUAUGGAUGGCACCAGAUUCCACAAACACAGCAGAUGCCACUUUCUGAAGGCCAGGUGCCUCAACCACUGGUUACUGGUUCUGAGGCAUUACCUAGGUUUGAUGAUUGUCUUAUGUGUCAAAAAUCGCUGCCUCAUGCACAUUCAGAUACUGUAGUGCAGGAGCAAAGAGAGAGUCCUGCAAGCACAGUAUCUGACUUUAAUCCGGUGUAUCAUAGCCUUCGGUUGGAUGAGAUGGGGCGGCCUAUUUACCGAGCUGUUACAACUGGAACCCUGGGUGAGCCAGCUGUUGAACAGCAGGGAGCUGCUGUUGGGCAAAGAACUGGGGGUCAGAUAGAUCUUGGAGUUGGAAAAGGUCAAGGUGAGCGAAUUGGAGUCUCACAAACUGUUGAUAAACAGAAUGAAUAUGAUAGAAGCCUCCAACAACCUGAGUUUGCAGAGCACCCAAAGGUGUCAGUUCCCUCCCAAGGUAUGAUAGGGUUAACAGGUUCUGUGCAACCGCCUUAUGGAGUUUUUGUUGGAGCUGUUCCUCAACCAUGCCAUGGUAAUGCCACUGAGCAGCUUCUGGUUCCAUCACAGUAUCAGGUUAAACAGGAAGUUGCUGCGAAUAAACCAGUCAGUAGUGAUUUACUUAAAGUUGGCAGCGUGCCUGGUCAAACACUGGAUAACUUAAGUGGUGAAUCUCCCAAGAAUUAUGGUGCAACCGCACCUACCAUGCUUCCUAAAGAAGAUGAUAUAGAAUCUGUUAUGGCUUACAACCAUUUGAGACAAAUUGAGGGAAGGAUGGAAAAUCUCCUGAUGCACCCUGCUGAAAUUUUAGCAAAUAAUGAGCAGAGUAAGCCAGCUGUUGAUAAUUUUAGAAGGGAAGACAUCUUGAAUAACAGAGUACAACAGUUUGAUGGGAGGGAGGAAUAUCCAGGUUUGGUUACAAGUAACGUGAAUCCAAAUGAAAUACCUGUUCCUCCACAUGGGAAUCCUUUCUUGCCCAACAUUCAGGCUGCAGAAGGGUAUGAAGUGUCUCAGCAUCCUGUUAUGACUAAUCCGGGUGUGCAUGCCCAACCAAACUAUGGGGUUAAUCACUUGAUACCCAGUGAAGUCUCUCCCCAUCUAACUGCCCUCUCUGCCCAUGCAACAGAAAGAACUCCAGUUAUUGCUGAAUGGAAAGAUGGGGUUCAACAUUUCCAGCCAAUGUUGAGUCCUACUACUGCAGAAAUGACCAUACUCGAUGGUACCUCACUGUGUGUACAGGAGAAUUCAAAUUCUUUAUAUAGCAAUCAGGAUCCUUGGAAUUUACAUCAUGAUUCCCAUUUCCCUCCUCCUAAACCUAGUAAACUUCAGCUAAAAAAGGAAUCUGCUGGCACCAAGGAUUAUUCUGGCGAGAAUCGUUUUGGCAAUAGCAGUGAGUUGCCAACUAUUACUAAUGGUGGAUUACAAACACAAAUUCGGUUGGAGGAUGGAACUUACCUUCCCUCCGGUAAUACAGAUUACAGUUCAGAUCAAUCAUGGUCCAAGAAAGGCUCAGAGGAGGAAAUGAUCAAGCAAGAACUUCAGGCUGUUGCUGAGGGUGUCGCUGCUUCUGUUCUUCAGUCAUCAACUCCAUCUAAUGCUGACCUGUCCACACAUGGGAGGAGCGAGUCCCCAUCUUCAAGUCAACGGAAUGUUGAAUUUGAAAGCACUAAUACCGGAAAGGACUCCAAGGAUAAAUUUGAGGAAACUAAAACUAAAUUUCCCGAGAGAGCAAAUUUUGGGUUUCCUGUAUCAGGUGGCAUUGGACGCUUGCAGAUUAUAAAGAAUGAUGACCUCGAGGAGAUUCGAGAAUUGGGUUCUGGUACAUUUGGCACUGUUUAUCAUGGAAAGUGGAGGGGUACUGAUGUUGCAAUUAAAAGGAUUAAUGACAGGUGUUUCGCUGGGAAAGCUUCAGAACAAGAGCGUAUGAGGGAUGAUUUCUGGAAUGAGGCCAUCAAACUUGCAGACUUGCACCAUCCAAACGUUGUUGCCUUCUAUGGUGUUGUGCUAGAUGGUCCGGGUGGCUCGGUGGCGACUGUUACAGAAUAUAUGGUUAACGGGUCGUUGAGAAAUGCUUUACAAAAGAAUGAGAGGAAUCUGGAUAAGCGGAAACGCCUUGUGAUUGCCAUGGAUGUUGCAUUUGGAAUGGAGUAUCUUCAUGGGAAGAAUAUAGUGCACUUUGACUUGAAAAGCGACAAUCUGUUGGUUAAUCUGCGUGAUCCCCACCGUCCAAUAUGCAAGGUUGGUGAUUUGGGCCUAUCCAAAGUGAAAUGUCAAACACUAAUCUCAGGCGGUGUACGAGGAACUCUCCCUUGGAUGGCACCAGAACUUCUCAAUGGAAGCAGCAGCCUCGUCUCUGAGAAGGUUGACGUAUUCUCCUUUGGAAUUGUACUGUGGGAACUUCUUACUGGAGAAGAACCAUAUGCCGAAUUGCACUAUGGGGCAAUAAUUGGUGGUAUCGUGAGUAAUACCUUGCGUCCUCCAGUGCCCGAGUCCUGUGACCCAGAUUGGAGGUCACUCAUGGAGAGAUGUUGGUCAGCUGAACCGUCCGAGAGGCCUAACUUCACGGAGAUCGCCAACGAGCUACGAGUGAUGCAGUCUAAGAUCCCUCCCAAAGGACAAAACCAACAAUCAUCUCCCUCAGCAAACACCAACCAAGCUAAAACUUAAUUUUCUGCACUGAUCUUUGUAGUUGCUUUUUUCUUACCUUGAUAAACUUAGGUAUAUAAAUUAGCUCAAAGUAACACAUAAUAUAGUGGUCUUUUGUCUUUGUUUUCUGGUUUUUUAGGUCUCCAUUACAUUUUAUUAUUGACUUAAUUAGGUGUUCCAAUACUGACCAAAUUUACAUCAAAAUCAAAGUCAAAGUAACACAACAUUUUCUUCUC